AUGGUCUCAACUUGGUUUGCAAAUGCUCGGCGUCGCUUGAAAAAAGAGAACAAAAUGACGUGGUCGCCACGCAACCGACCAGGCGAGGAUGACGACGACGAGUCAGGGGAUGCAGGCGCCCCCGUAGAGCGCGACCUCUCGGAUCGGCCAUCCAGCAGCGCAUCGGAUGGUGGUAUCACCGUCGCUGUCAACAAUUCCAGUCCACAAGAUAAUGUGCACUCGAAGUCAGCGACGCCACCAACACGUGCUGGAAUCACUGAGAGCAACCCAUCCACCUCAUCCGCAGCAAUCCCGACUGCUAUUUCACAAAGGAAGAGCAAAAUCUGGUCUAUCGCAGAAACUCUGUCUAAUCGAGCAGUUGAAGCGAACAGAUCAAGCUCAAACAGUAAAGACGAUCGGGACCGAGCGUCCACAUCAGCCGGUGAUGGAAAAUCUUCGGAUGACGGUCGAGAAUCAAUACCCUCGAUGCUGGAUGCUUCUUCAGCGAUUCUCCCACCUUUUUCCGGCCAUCCGUCCUUGUUGCCACCAGUCGGUGUCCAAGCCGUGCCUGCAGCGAAUGGUCAAAUUUCUCAAAAUUUUCUUCACUUUAACCCAUGGCAGCAGCAACAGCUGGCGAUGACAAUGGCCGCACGAUUACCUUUCCCCAGACCUGAAGUACUAGCAAUGAUGGCACAAGCUGGCCACUUACGACAACCUAUUUUUUACAGUCCGAUGUUUAUGGGUGCCGGAAUUCCUGGUGUACCUCCUCAGCAACCACCUUUUUCUUUAUCGAGUACCACGCCUCUUGUGUCUUCAUCACCCAGCACAUCACACUCCAAUGGUAUGACCAGUAAACCGAUAAGGCAAAUGUUGCACCAUACGCCCGCACGCAGAACUGCCUUUAUGCCACAAAUUAAGUUUUUCCACAUAUUACUAAUGACAGCAGUGACAAUGGUGAUGAUGAUAAUCGUAAUGGCAUUGGCCCUGGAUGUUGAUGACUUUGAUGGUGACGUUGAUGAGGACAGUGGCAAUGAUAAUGGUGUCGUAGAUAUUUCGAUUAUUAGUGUCAUUUGUUAUGUUUAUUAUGCGUUUUUGCUGUAUUUUUUCUCCAGCUUGGUCGAUUUGGUUUCUGUUGUGGUUUUCGCCGCUAAGAUGUGGCACAGAGGUUUGGAGACCAAAUUGCAGGACACCGAUGGAUGA